GCAAACAAUGACAAUGAUCCUUGGUCCAGCUGGAAUGUUGGGAAGUCUGGGAACUGGGAUAACGGAAAUGCUGUUGACAGCUGGGCAACAAAACCUGAAAGUGCAGCUAGCCAGAGAAACAGUGCUUCAAAUAACUGGGAGGCGGCAGCAGCAUUUGGUCAUCCACAGGCAUAUCAAGGACCAGCAGCUGCUGAUGACGAUGAGUGGGAUGAUGACUGGGAUGACCCAAAAUCAACUUCACCAUCUUAUCUUGGUUACAAGGAGACUGACGCAUCAGAGGCUGGGGGAGUCCAGCGUGGAAAUUCUCGUGCAGCCGCUAUGAAGUUACCACUUAACAAAUUUCCUGGAUUUGCAAAACCUGGGAUGGAACAGUAUCUGUUGGCAAAGCAGCUAGCAAAACCCAAAGAGAAAAUUCCCAUAAUUAUUGGUGAUUAUGGCCCAAUGUGGGUUUAUCCUACCUCUACAUUUGAUUGUGUGGUGGCAGAUCCCAAAAAAGGUUCUAAAAUGUAUGGUCUCAAGAGCUACAUUGAAUAUCAGCUGACCUGCACUAACACUAAUCGGUCUGUCAACCACAGAUACAAGCACUUUGACUGGUUGUAUGAGCGUCUCCUGGUUAAAUUUGGAUUAGCCAUUCCAAUCCCUUCUCUUCCAGACAAGCAAGUAACAGGGCGCUUUGAAGAGGAAUUUAUCAAAAUGCGUAUGGAGAGACUGCAAGCUUGGAUGACGAGGAUGUGUCGCCAUCCUGUUGUCUCAGAAAGUGAAGUUUUCCAGCAGUUUCUCAAUUUCCGAGAUGAGAAGGAGUGGAAAACUGGAAAGCGGAAGGCAGAAAAAGAUGAAACUGUGGGAGUCCUGAUCUUUUCCACAAUGGAACCAGAAGCUCCUGACUUGGACAUGGUAGAAAUAGAACAGAAAUGUGAUGCAGUGGGUAGGUUCACCAAAGCAAUGGAUGAUGGAGUUAGAGAGCUGCUGACAGUGGGACAAGAGCACUGGAAGAGGUGUACAGGGCCACUACCCAAGGAAUACCAGAAGAUAGGAAAAGCAUUGCAGAGCCUGGCACUGGUCUUCAGCACUAGUGGAUACCAAG